AUGCCGAGCACCUCCAGCAUGGCGUGGUCCAAGAGCACCCGCAUCAAAAUCAUGAUCGCCAUCGACACGGCCUUCUUCCUGCUCGAGCUGAUAUGCGGCUUCCUGGCGCAUUCGUUGGCGCUAACGGCUGAUGCCUUCCACAUGCUCAACGAUAUCAUCUCUCUCGCCAUCGGUCUGUGGGCAGUGAUAGCGUCGCAAAAGGCCACCACCGACGAGUUUACCUUUGGCUGGGUACGAGCCGAGAUCCUGGGUGCCUUCUUCAACGCCGUCUUCUUAAUCGCGCUUUGCGUGUCCAUCAUCCUCGAAGCCUUGACACGCUUUGUCGACCCGCCCGAAAUCAACAAUCCCAAGCUUAUCCUUAUUGUUGGCUGUGCCGGCCUGUUCUCCAACCUGCUGGGCUUUGUGGUCCUGGGGGGUCACGGACAUGACCACGGACACGACCAUGAUCACGACCACGAACACGGCCAUGAUGACCACGAACACGACCACGAUCAUGAACAUGAGCACAACCAUACCCACGGAGACGGCUGUGAUGCCGAACAGGGACGACACUUUGGCGGUGAUAUCGCUGAUGAAAACGGCGCCAUUGGUGACAUCCUCCCGGAGGUGAUUGUCCAAAGAGCCACCAUGGCAGGCCGUCGAGCUAGCACCGACAGCCCCGAGACGGCUAGACGGAUUCACUUUGGCGACGACUCUACAAACCGCGACGAAUCCAACGGAGCCAGCCGCAUGUCUGUCCAAUCCAGGGGGCGAGACCACCAGCGCCGAUCGAGCAGAGGUCAUUCUCGCUUCACUAGCAUCGAAGAUAUGAGCAUCCACCCCGCCAGCUUCAGACAGGAAAUUAUCGCUGCUAGUAGAGCUGCAUCGUCCAAUGUUCAUGCCGAAGAUGGUGAUGAGUCUCCCUUUGCAGACUCUGAGACCGAGGCCAAUGAGGAAUCGGCACUUCUCCCGGAUGGAAAGUCAAAUCUUUCUUACUCUACUGGUUCGGCUUCUAAGAAGCAGAGCGCAAGACGAGACUCUAGCGUGCACCAUGGUCACAACCACACUCUUCCGAGACAGGCUGGCGCCAAAGUCAGUGGCCAUAACCAUGCCGACAUGGGCAUGCAUGCCAUGUUGCUUCACGUCAUUGGCGAUGCACUGGGAAACGUCGGUGUCAUUAUAACGGCGCUCGUCAUCUGGCUCACCAACUGGCCCGGCAAGCUCUAUGCUGAUCCGGCAGUCUCGCUCGUCAUUACGGCUAUUAUCCUCAAGACGUCGAUUCCUCUGACUCUUGCUACUUCACGUGUCUUGCUCCAGGCCACUCCUGAAAACAUCCGUAUCCCGGAAAUCCGCCAGGAUAUUGAACAGCUUCCCGGAGUCGUCAGCUGCCAUCAUAUCCACGUCUGGCAGCUCUCCGAUACAAAGAUUGUCGCCAGCAUGCAUCUCCAAGUCUCCUUCCCGAUUAACACACACAGCGGAGAGAAGUACAUGCAGCUGGCCAGGCGCGCUCGGAAAUGUCUUCAUGGCUAUGGUAUUCACAGUGCCACUAUUCAGCCCGAGUUUUGUCUUGAUAUUAAGCAUCAGCACAACGGCGAGGCACCGGCAUUUUCACUUGACGGAGCAUCUGAUGAACAAAUCAGACCAUGCCUUCUAGAAUGCGUUGAUAACUGCCAAGCACAAGGGUGCUGUAUGGUGGAUACGUCGUCAGCCAGCUCGACUCGAAGAGCUAGUGAAUCUUCACGCAGCGAGGGCGCUCAACAUGACCACCAACAUUAA